AGAUGCCAAACAUUGCUCAAGUAAACUAUUCAAACUCAAAGCUCGAGAUGGAACGUGGCAGAUCCGAGCUUGAUGCAAAGCUGCGCCGAUUCAGUGCAAGGGCCGAGUCGGGUAGCCCCGCUAGCAUCGCUCGCUCCGAGCAAAGAAGGGCCUCCCUGCAGGAGACUUUUCGAUCUGGAUGGACCAGACCCCCCCAGGUGGUGCCCCCCGCCAAGUCGACGGAGAGGCUGCAUGCCGAGCGCCGUUCGAGCUCACUGCCAAGUGAGAGACGAGGUGAGCCCAGAAGGGAAUCUCGAGGUAACCUUUUGCAGCUGCCAUGGUCUCAGGACUCUGCGACCAGCCUGGCUGAUCGCGUGACUUCAAGGAGCUCUUCAGGCCACCGCACAUCGAGCAGCUCCAGUCUUUCAGGGCGCUGGCGAUUUGCACGGGAGCUGCCAGGCAAAGAACUGAGCCACGAAGGUUGGCUUGCGAAACGCAGCUCUGGGAAGAUUUCUGGAAGGUGGCAGCAGCGAUACUUCCGUUUGGAAGGAUGCUACCUUCGAUACAUGCAAUCACCCAGCAGCAGCGUCAAGAAGACCUUCAACCUCAGGAAAGCACAGACUUUGAGUGUGGCGGAAGACCAACCCCGGGAGCUGAACUUGGACUUUGGACAUCGCUGUUGGCGCCUGCGAGCUGCUGAUGCUGGGGAGGCCCGGCGCUGGCUGGUGCUGCUGGAGGCAGGUCGCCUCAUGGCAGGAAGCGCAGACGACGGGGAUGCCAGCGACAGCGAUGCGGACGACUUGCAAUCCGUUUGCAGCGUGCCCAGCAGCAACUCAACAACAGCAGAAUCCCUCUCCUCCAUGGAGCCAUUGACACCCAAGUUUGGUGCAAAAGGCAGAGCAGAGAAGGUACACUGGCGGCCAGCCCCCCCGCCCAUUGCAGAUACAUUGGAGGUCAACACUCAAGAGCUUGAUCAGAAGUUUGACUCCUGGCUGCCGUUUACUGAGGAAGCCAUGCCACCGGCUCCUGCUACUCUAGUGUGUGAUGGGCUCACACGUGCGUUGCAUGCGCUUUGGCUGCAGCUCUGUGAAGCCUGCGCAGCAGCCUUGGCUGACGAGAAGCUUCGGCUCGAGGCUUCUCGCACACGACCGGCUGUGGCAGCUGAGCGUGCGAUUGCUGCACUUCUUCAAGGUCAGAGUGACACAUUUGCCGCGCGGGAGUCCCUGGAGACUUUCCUCGGUGAAUACCUGGUGCGCAUUCUUCGAAGAUUGAAGCAUUGGCUGGAGAUGUAUGACCCGCCGGCUGACGAAGUUGCCAUGAUAGCGCAGUGGCUCCUUUUCCAGGCAGAACCUGUGCUGUUCCCCUUCUGCGACCGUGCGGAAAGCUUCGCAGGAGAGCCUUUGGAGCACAGCAAGCAGACAGUGCUGUCAAUUGAACAGCUUUUGUUGCGCGAGUGGGAAUCGCGAAGCUGUGAAGAAGCUUCAGCCCUGUGCUCAUACAUUUUUGAAGGCCAUUAUGUGGAAGAGGCGGGUCGCGUGAACCUUGCUCAGCUGCUCCGCCGCCUUGACGAUGCGGUGGGCGCUUGGCGGCCCUGGCGGAGCCACGACGCUGCCUGCAACCGAGCCGCUUCUGUUCUCGUGGCCACUCUCAAUGCAGCUUUGCGGUCACAUCAUGCAGCUAGCCGGGCUCUGGUUAUGGAAGCAGCAAAGUUGAGAACAUCACGGAGAAGAACUCUCCCAAAGAUGCUGGACGUGGGACGACAAGCACUACAGGAGUUACAGAAAGUCGGUUCCUGCAAAAGUGAUGCUAGAGACCAGAAAGUCUCUGAAGAGCUAGUGGCAGUGGCAGCAGAGGAUGCCGUGCAGUUAGCAACCUUUUGCUGCAGCGCAGUGCCUCUGGAGGGCUGGGCAGGAGCUAAGAAAGUUUGCGAAGAGGUUCUUCAUGCUUUCGCUGCUGCCUUUGAAUCAGAGGCUUCUUCGCUAACCUCUGCUUUGGCCAUCAUUCAUCAUCACCAUCGGCGCCACGCACUGAAGAUUGAGAGCUUCGAUACUUUGCUUCGCAAAAAUGCUGGCAACGCAGGUAUUCUACCACCUGCAACCAUCAGAGAAUGGGCUCGAUUCCUCGAGGGAUUCUCUGAUGUGCUUCAGCGGCGAAUAGGUGGUUCAGUGGUGGAAUUGCUUGCCUUUGCUUGGGUACAGAACUUUGUGCGAGCACCGCCACAGUUGUCUGUGUGGGGGAACCGCUUAUUUAUUGCUUUCGACGCAGACGAGGCCGCCCUCACUUCACUUGCGCCGGACUCUCCAGAGUUGCAAAAGUUUGUGCAGCUUAUAAAUAUCAUGCGCAGCUUCCUCCAAGAAGGCGUACCACGCAGGUGGCAAGAUUUGGGAAAAGCAGAAAGGACACUACAGGAACUACUAGCUGAGGACCAGGGAAGGGCAUUGGCUCAAGCCCUGUGGCAGAGCGCAACGCGCUAGUCCAGUGUGUUCAGUCCGCUAAGUCCAUGACUGUAAACUUCUAACCUCCACGUUCCUUCCUUUCCUUUGGAGAACGUGGACUUCAGCGACCAGGACUCGGUCAAGAGCGAAUAGCAGUGCACAAUAUGAUGCAAUACGCAGCAUGCAUCCAUCAAAUUGAUACACCAAUGAAUCCGAUUGGAACAUUUGCCUUAGUGCAUCAUUCGUUUUUGGCCCGACGUUGGUGAGCGUCGCUUGCAGUAUAUUUAGUUGUUGCCUUGUAAAGAAGAAGGCGUUUUGGACUUUUAUCCAGGAGAUUUCUCACUCUGCAAACUUUGCAGUUUGCCAUGUGCAUGGCAAAGGUUGGGACUUCUUUUUGAUGCCCACAUUCACACCUUAUCUUUGCACAGAGCAUCAUGCAAGCAUGGUGAAGAGGCUUCCCAAGACAACCCUCUUCAGACAGCCUCUCAAGCCUCCACAAGAGGCUUCACUUACUGAAAUUGUGGCAUAAGCCCACUUAGCGAUCCUGUGUGCUCACCAGAAGCUCCGGAUAGCUGAACCUGUGAAUGUUCCAAAUGAGCACAAAGCAAAUCUGGG